ACCGAGCGUGACGGACGUGUGCUUCAUGGGCUCUCAAGGAGCGGCUUUAGCGACCCAGCCGGGUCGCGGUAUCAGGAGCACUGAAAUGCUUGCCCAGGAUUAUGAAAUGGUUGUCCCGCAUCUGCCAUCAGGUUCGAGUGUUUUGAACACAGUAUUUUUGCAUGGUGAUGUCACCGCCAGGCCAUAUCGCGUCGAGCAUUUUCGCGACGCUUUAGCGCGUCUGUCAUUGCUGCCGGAUGUGGUUGCCCUUGGGGCAUAUCAGAUGAACCACCUGUGGGCCGUUACUUUCAACAGCGAAGGAGCGAAGGCAAAGAUUCUGCAGGCCGAAGCUUUCAAUGUGAAAGACCACCGCUGCGUGGUUAUUGACCCGACCAACCGAGGCGUCAGGCUGAAGCUGUUUUGGCUGCUCCACGGUGUGCAAGACGACGACGUGCGCGUGGCAUUAGCAGCGUUCGGAAAAGUGACCGAAAUAACCCGCGAUAAAUGGAAGGUUAAAGGCUGUGUCGACAAGGCUUCAACAACACGGUCGGUUACACUGAAACUGAAGGUGGGUGUUACCAUCGAGGACUUGCCCCAUCAGUUGCGCGUUGGUGAGGACGUUGCUCUCGUCCAUGUUCCUGGUAGGGCUCCGCUCUGCCUUCGGUGCCGUGGAAAAGGACAUAUACGCCGUGAGUGUCGGGUGCCACGCUGCGGGCUAUGCCGGCGUUUCGGCCACGAUGAGAGCCAGUGCGUGCGCAGCUACGCUAAUGUUGCGGGCCAGACACGAAGUGAUGAAGCGGCCGAACACAUCAUGGAUGAAGCAGACGCGGUCGAAGCAACCCGCGGAAGUGGGGGAGAUGAUGCUAUCAAGGAGUCAACAUCCAAGGAAACCGCACCCGCACCCCUUGCCAGCCAAGCCGGUAAGGACCAAACCCAGCCGGCCGUCGCAUCAAAGCCAGCGUUCCUUCCGGAAAAAGCGGAUAGCGUGACUGCUGUAAGCCUGGUUACGACUGGGCAGCAGGGCGACAAACAGGAAGACGCCGAUACCGAGAUGCCCGCAGCGUCAAGUGUACCAGUGAAGCGGGCUCACGAGGAUUCGGAUAAUCAGGAACCGAGAUUGGUCGGUGAACGCGGCGAGGAGCCUCCGCCGAAGGCACCUUCAACGCGCCGUGGACCUUUCAAGCCCAAACCGAAAUUGCCACCGGAACGCAGUACUGCGUCUGCUCUCCCUCCGCCUUAGCGGAGGCUUCUUUUGCCACAACGGUUGAAGCCCGGUCUUUGAUCGGGUCAGUACUAAGCUCAAAUGCCUUAAUGGAUGUGGAUUCACCCUGUUUGAUGUGUGAGUAGACUGAUCGGCGUCACCAUUUUGCUUAGAUGGCUACCAACCUCACGUCCAGCCUACGUGUUGCUACGCUUAAUGUAAGGGGCCUGUCGGCGCGUAGAAGGCAACUGCAACUGAGCCGCCUUCUGCUAGAAAAUGAAAUAGAUUUGCUCGCGGUUCAGGAAACUAAAAUUGAAGACGAGGAACAAACAGACAGAAUGGUAGCGGUCUAUCGUAGCAGAUACAGCGUUUGCGUAUGUCAUGCUGUUGGAAGAGCGGGUGGUUGCGUUAUUUUUUUAAGAAAUGGUAUUGGGGCUGUCGAUACUGUGUUCUCGUGUGAAAGUGGGCGUCUAGUAAUGUGUGAUUUUAAAUCGAAUGGAGUGGCUUGGAGAGCUGUGUGUGUAUACGCUCCGAAUGCAAUUGCUGAAAGGGAGAGUUUCUUCCGACAGGUGAAGCCUGUCCUGCUUACUGAAAGGCGGGUGAUCUUGCUUGGUGAUUUCAAUUGCGUCUGUAGACCAGAGGAUAGGACAACAAACCGUUCCUUUCGAGAUCGGAGCGCCGAGUUACUUUCCGAAAUUGUAGGUGAGCACGACCUUGAAGAUGUAGGCUUGAUAUCGACGCAUGAAGGCCAGGCAAUGUACACUCACUUUCAGGCAGGCAGUCAUGCUAGAUUGGACCGUAUAUAUGUUCCUGUCGAAUGUUCGCUGUUAUGUUCUGACUACCAGACGAUCUAUGUCUCUUUUAGUGAUC